GAGCGGUGGGAUCUGUGUGACAGUGCAGGGUACAGCUUUAGGUUGAGGGGCAGCGAGAGGAAAGAAUUUCUCCCGAUCCCGCUAAAUACUUGCCACUAUUCCAUCGUAACAAACAUCAGCUUAAUUCAAACUGAUAUCAUUUCUACACCGUGCUGGGAAUUCGCGAAGGUUGCUACAGUGAAGAAUAUUUACCACUCGCCUGCAGGACUUAAUCAGACUACAACGUUACUGUUAGUCGAACUUUCCCCUUUUUAUUUUGGAUUGUCUUGCAGUUUGAUUUUUUCCCCCUCGUUUUUAAUUCCAACCGGCUGACAUCUACAUGAUUUUGUAAUCUGCGCGUGUCUUAGUCCUUUUUCAAAAUUAAUAGCGUUCUGCCGAAAAGUUUUAUUUUCAUUUCUAUUUUUUGGGGGGGAGCGUUAGUUUUUCCACGAUGAACAAGCUAUAUAUUGGAAAUCUCGAUGAAAACGUGACCGCAGAGGACUUGGUUAAAACCUUUGAAGAUAACAAGAUCCCAUACUCUGGACAGUUUCUCAUGAAAACUGGCUAUGCGUUUGUUGAUUGCCCGGACGACCAAUGGGCAAUGAAAGCGAUUGAAACAUUUUCUGGUAAAGUGGAACUUCACGGCAAACGAAUUGAGGUCGAACAUUCUGUCCCUAAGAAGCAGAGGACCAGAAAACUCCAGAUCAGAAACAUUCCGCCACACCUACAGUGGGAGGUUCUUGAUGGUCUGCUUGCCCAGUAUGGAACUGUUGAGAACUGUGAACAAGUGAAUACAGACAGUGAGACUGCAGUUGUGAACGUCACAUAUGGGACACGGGAGCAGGCUAGACAGGCAAUCCAGAAGCUCAACGGUUACCAGUUUGAGAACAACGCCCUGCGUGUUUCAUACAUCCCCGACGAAAACUCUGAUGUCGACUCUCAACGAGGACCAGACAACGGCCGUCGUCCCGGAUAUGGUCCGCGAGGAAACUCCCGCCAGACGUCGCCUGGUUCUCGAAUCCCCAACAAACAUCAACAUCCCGACGUCCCUCUCAGGCUGCUGGUGCCCACGCAAUACGUGGGUGCCAUUAUCGGCAAGGAGGGCGCCACCAUCCGUAACAUCACCAAGCAAACUCAGAGCAAGAUCGAUGUGCAUCGUAAAGAGAAUGCAGGUGCCGCUGAAAAGCCCAUAAGUAUCCAUUCUACCCCAGAGGGCUGUUCAGCUGCCUGCCGCAUGAUCUUGGAAAUCAUGAUCCAGGAGGCCAAGGACACCAAAACUGCUGAUGAGGUGCCUCUGAAGGUUCUUGCUCACAACAACUUUGUUGGCCGUUUGAUUGGCAAAGAGGGACGCAACCUGAAGAAAGUGGAGCAAGACACUGAUACCAAGAUCACAAUUUCACCACUGCAGGAUCUGACCCUUUAUAACCCAGAGAGGACAAUUACGGUGAAGGGCUCGAUCGAAGCGUGCUGCCUGGCAGAACAGGAAAUCAUGAAGAAAGUGCGGGAGGCAUAUGACAAUGACAUCGCUGCCAUGAAUCAACAGACCCACCUGAUCCCUGGACUAAACCUGGGAGCAAUCGGCCUCUUCCCGCCAUCCUCUGCCAUGCCGCCUCCUGCCCUCGGAAACUCUGUGCCUGGUUCCCCCUAUGGCCCUAUUGGGGCCUCUGAACAGGAGACCGUCCACGUGUACAUCCCAGCUCAAGCCGUAGGAGCCCUUAUUGGCAAGAAAGGACAGCAUAUCAAGCAGCUAAGCCGUUUUGCGGGAGCUUCUAUUAAGAUUGCACCAGCAGAGGCUCCAGACUCAAAAAUGCGAAUGGUCAUUGUUACAGGACCACCUGAGGCCCAGUUCAAGGCUCAAGGCAGAAUAUACGGUAAGCUGAAGGAGGAGAACUUCUUUGGCCCCAAAGAGGAAGUGAAGUUGGAGACACACAUCAAAGUAGCAGCUGCAGCAGCAGGAAGGGUCAUCGGAAAAGGCGGGAAAACCGUGAAUGAACUGCAGAACCUCACUGCUGCUGAAGUAGUGGUUCCCCGAGAGCAGACCCCUGAUGAACACGACCAGGUCAUCGUCAAAAUCAUCGGCCACUUUUACGCAAGUCAGCUGGCACAGAGGAAGAUCAGGGAAAUUUUGACACAAGUCAAGCAGCAGCAGAAAGGAGGUACAGGAGGUUCGCAGGGGCCCCAUCCGCAGGCCGUGUCUGAGCCGGGGACCCCUCAGGGACUGGCACAAGAACCCAGGAGGAAGUGAGAGGCCGAGGCCGGGGCCCAGUCAGACGGACAGACAAAUGGGAGGACAAAUGAGCGGACUGACUGAGAGAGAGAGUGACACACAGACCUAGCGGUAGACAGGGAGAAAUAAGCAGCAAAAUGAGAGGGUAUUAAAAAAGACAAAAAAAAAAUGCCUGUGAGAGGGCGAGGAAGCAAGUUUAGUGGGAAAAAAAAAAGUGAUUUUUUUUUUUUUUUGGAAGAGAGAUAACUAGAAAACAGAGACCAGAUGCCAGGCCAGGUGGAGUGACUGAGGAUGGCGAGGAGGUCUGACAAAACAUAGCUUUUUUUACAUAGCUGCUUAUUGGGAAUAGGGUGUAAUGAAGGUCCCUCAAAAGUGUGUAUUCCUAAAGGAUUCGAGCUACAUGGGACCCUCAGCCAUCAGCAGUCACUUCAAAAUUUUUACCGUUUUUUUUUGUUGUUUUUUUAAAGAUAGAGAUAUAUGUAUAGAAAUGUUUAUUCAGUGGUAUUAUUAAUGAAAUGCAGUGAGGUAGAGAUGGGAAAGAGAGAGCAGAGAAUCCAUCACAAUUUUUGGAGGGCGGGGUCACUAAUCAAGUGACUUCUCCCUACCUAUCAGAGACGAGGGGAGGGGCCAAAGUUGUUAACACUGCUCUUGAAGUCCCCCACGCUAAACUGUGGGGGUGACGAGAUGAAAAAAAAAAAUGAGGUUGUAAAUAUAAUCUUCAUGACUUUGUGUUGAGAUGCUGCACGUUUAACCAUCGACAAUAGAGUACCUGGCUUAAGAGGGUUGCGGCGUUUUUCUGGGGCUUCCCUUUUAGGCUGCGUGCCGUUUGGCCGGCGGGACGUGCAGCGAGAGUUCAGUAAGCGUGUGGGCUAAAGGUGACCUCUGCAGUUGUAUUGCAGUGGCUCAGCUUUGAUGUGCGGAAACCCAUCAAUUCCAUCCUAAACCACGCCGGCGAUGAUCGCUGUAGCGCCGCUCACA